AUGCUGGUUACUGCAUUUGGAAUAGCCGAACUUCAACAACAUCUGUUUGAACGCACUUUCCUGCCACGCUGCAAGAAUACGAAGACUCAAGUGAUGCGAGACAAUAAACUCAUCCAUGGAGUUUGCUCUACAAUCAUGGAAGACAUCUCAACAGAGACGGAUGCUUCAACUGAUCUGCUUCCGCGGCCAGAAGAGUGGAUCCUUUUAGAAGAUGGCCGGCGUAGAGGACUCGAUGGAUGGGAAGGAGAAGAAUGGCCCACGAAGAUCUACCGCGGUUCGUUUGUAGAGCUCUACAGUCUUCUUUGCAACCGGGCACCUGGACAGCACCUCAGAAUUGCUCGUGCAUCGAAUUGUCUUCUAUGCACGUCACAAUGGUUGGCGCCCAAGAUUAUUAUUGUCUCAGGUCAAAGUUCGCCCUCUGAAAUCGUCUUUGCAGACGAAAUCAAGAUCAUCGAAACUGACUAUCCACAAAAGUCUAGCACAAAGGCGACAACAGAAAUCCAGCGGGACAAUAUAAGUUCUUCGCUAACUCAAAAUUCUUCCUCUAUCGGAGUGACAUCUAAAAAUAAAAAGAAUUCCAGAGGCACCCAGAAGAGAGGAAAACGGAAAGUCGGCCGCAAAUGA